AUGGAGACCUCCUCACAGAGUACAGCUGGCAGAGGAUUGUGGAACAACCCCAGAGUCACCCAGUGCAGCAAGGAGGCCCAGGACAUGCUGAGACUGAUGAAGCAGGAAUCAAGACUCACCAACCUCCAGAGGAAAGAGGCCAACAAACAUCCGAAGAGCGAGUUUAAAAGAGAUAGGGCAGCUUUGCCUCUGACCUCUGAUCCCCCGCUGUCAAGUCCUCCCAAUAAAUCUGUCCAGAAACGACUGCCAGGCCUUUCUCAGAAACGCAGUGCUGAAUCUUGUCGGUCCGGGAACAGCUACGAGAGAGAAAAGUUCUGUCCUGGUCCCACACGAGACUUGGAGAAAGAGAAAAGGAGGCUUCAGAACAUCUUAGCAACAGGAAAAGAAGAGGCCUCAGCUGCAUCUUCUCAAAAAGCUGCUACAUGUCGUGACCCAGAGGUGUCAGAGGAAGAGGAUCGGUAUCAGGAAGUUCUGAAUGAAAUAGAAGAGAGAAGACAGUUCCUGGCAGAUAUGGCCUCACUGGGUCAGGAGAUGAACUAUAUCAGCAUUAUCAACACCGAGAUAUCACAGAAAAUCCGAGAAUUGGAGGCGUUGGAAAAGGCCCACAGUUCCAAGUAGUAUGUACUGAUGGAGUGGAGAACAGACGACAGAAGCUGUGGCGGCAGAGAAGACUGACUGGACAUGUUGUCAGGUUCUUUAAACUCUUCACCUGGAAGCCUUGGAUACCUUCAGUCAAAACUAUUCAGCACAGGCCUUUGAAUGUGAGGAGUUAAGUGUGAAAUUUUGAGCGUCAUGUCUGCAGAGAGGCUACAACCUCAAUUUCCGCUUUGUGCUUCAACAGUAUAGCAGUGAAAACAACAAACAUGAUCUACUUGCAUGAACAUAUUUUAUUCCUCUGCCUUCCAGUGUCAGUAUUUUAUAUAAUCCUGCUGCUGUUUUAGGACAAUGUUAGCUGAAAAAAAGUGUGGUGCUACAGAAGCCCUUGGUUUCAGCCAGACAGGAAGACAGGCACAGAGCAGACAAAUACAUAACCUAGAUGACAAAACAGGAACAGGAUGAGUAAACUUACAGACAUUAGCUUUAGCUGAACAGAUGAUGUUCAUCCA